CGGAUUAGCAAUUCAUAGAGGAUAAAUUAAUUAACUAUUGAUUAAUUAAUUAAUUAAUUACUUGGCCAUGGCGGAGAUAGGCGGCGGAAGAGGAAAGGUGAAGGGUUCAUGGACUCCAGAAGAAGACGCAAUUCUCGUGAAGCUGGUGGAGCAACACGGCCCGCGCAACUGGUCUCUAAUCAGCACCGGAAUACCUUCACGCUCCGGCAAGUCCUGCCGUCUGCGGUGGUGCAAUCAGCUCUGCCCGUCCGUGCACCACCGCCCCUUCUCGCCGGAGGAAGACGCCGUCAUCCGGCGCGCGCACUCUGUUCACGGCAACAAAUGGGCCGCCAUCGCGAAACUCCUGCCCGGGAGGACGGAUAACGCGAUUAAAAACCACUGGAACUCCACGCUCCGGCGGAAGCGCACCGCCGGGGGUUGUGCGGCGGCGGAGGCGGCGAAACGGGCGUUUGUGGACGAUUCGUCGGCCGAGUCACUGUCCGCGGUGAAGAGGGAGGAAUCCUGUGCGUCGCAGGAGUACAGUAGAAGCGGUGGGGGCGUUGAGGACGGUGAGCUCCGCCGCGGAGACGCACCGGCGACUUUGCUGUCAUUGUUCCCGCCGGGAGGAAAUCCGUUCGGUCAACCCGUCGGCGAAAAGUCAACGGCGGAAGAGGAGCCGUUGGGUAACGUAUCCGGUGACGGGACGAGUUUUUUAAGUAUCAUGCAGCGUAUGAUCGCGCAAGAGGUUCGAAGCUACGUUGACAAAUUACGGGCUUCUAAUGGGCUUGGGCCCGACUUUAAGCCCGAUGUUUAACAAUUGCCGCAAUUGUUCUGAGUUUUGUAAAUCUCGCGCGUCUUUUUAAUGCAUAUUUACGGUUUGAUGGGCCAUAUUUCAUUUUCAUUUGAAAUUACUAUUUCAAAUUCCUUUUCGAUAGGCAUGUUUGUUUGUCA